AGCCUCGCUUCAUUAUCAGGAACGAGGUUUACAUUGAUCCCACUUCUUUAGAAUCUUUACUCGAUACCAACAUGGCUACACAACUUCUCCCUCUUGAACUCAUUGAUAAAUGCAUUGGAUCAAGAAUUCAUAUUAUUAUGAAAACAGACAGAGAGGUUGUAGGGACAUUGCUAGGCUUUGAUGAUUUCGUCAAUAUGGUUCUAGAGGAUGUUGUUGAAGUACAAACUACACAGGAAGGAAAACGAGUCACAAAACUAGACCAAAUCCUAUUGAAUGGAAACAAUGUAACCAUGCUUGUUCCUGGAGGAGAGGGUCCUGAACUUUGAGAAGCUCAGAGAGAAGUUGUUGGGUUUAUGGCCACAAUGAAAUUCCACAGAUGACGCCAGCUACAUGCAACUAAAUUUUCUGCAAGUAUCACAGAGGGACUUAUUUAUCUUUCUUUGUACCAAGAUGGAAAUUGGGACUAUUUUAUGUUGAAUUGAGCAGAGUCUUAUGGAAUAUAAAUAGUUUCUUUUUGUAGCAAAAA